AUGGCUGCUCUCGAUAGAGACGUCCUACCUCCCAUACUAAAACCUCUACAUUAUAAGCUAGACAUAUACGACCUAGAGCUUGGUGGAGAGUUCAGCUUUGCAGGUACUGUUAGAAUUGACAUAGGUGUCAAGUCACCGACGAAAAGCAUCAUCAUCAAUGCUCAUAAACUGAAACUGAGAACGGCGCAAGUGUCCGGUCAAAAGGCAUCCGAGAUCACAUACGAUGAGAAGCGUCAGCGAGCUACUCUUGAGUUUCCUGAGGUCAUCCAAGAAUCCAAAAAUUCCGUUCUCCAGAUUGAGUAUACUGGAAUCAUGAACAGCGACAUGGCUGGCUUUUAUCGAUCGAAGUAUAAGCCUAAAGAUCAGCCUGCCAAAUCUGUCCCCAAGGAAGGAGAGCAUCAUCUCAUGUUCAGCACACAGUUCGAAUCAUGUGAUGCUAGAAGGGCUUUCCCUUGCUUUGACGAGCCAAAUCUGAAAGCCUCGUUCGACGUAAGCAUCGAGCUUCCGAAUGACCAAAUAGCCCUGAGCAACAUGCCUGAAAAGGAAUCGAAGUCAUCUAGCAAACCUGGCCAGAAGUUAUUGGCGUGGGUUGUUGCAGAUCUCAAGUACGUAGAAACAAGGACAAGUCGGAGCUACAACGGGGAAAAGUUGCCUGUGAGAGUCUACACUACCCCUGGUCAUGAAAAGCAAGGCCAAUUUGGGGCAGAUGUGUGCGCAAAAGUGGUCGAUUUCUAUUCCGAUAUCUUUGAAUUAGAAUAUCCUUUACCAAAGAUCGACUUAGUCGCUGUCCAUGAAUUCUCCCACGGUGCAAUGGAGGUACGUUCUUCUGCAAACAAUGUACAGCGACAAGUGAAUAAUCCGUUGCAGAACUGGGGCUUGAUUACUUAUCGAACCACUGCUAUCUUGUAUGAUCCAGAAACGUCCGACGCAUUCUACAAGAAUAGAGUGUCUUAUGUUGUCGCACACGGCGAGUAA